CGCACAUGCAAAUAUAUGGAAUGGAUAAAUGUCAAAUAGUAUAAGCAAUAAGAACUUGGCAGCACUAUUCCUAACACUGAGAAAAAUUAAGCAAUGCCAGAACAAAAUAGAAUCAACAAUAAAUUGUCAGUGGCGAAGUUUGAGCAGAGAAUGUAGAUUAUAUAAUUAUAAUAAUAAUAAUAAGAUAUUAUAAUUUAUAUUCUCUGCCUUCUCUAUAAUCUACUAUCUCUGAUUUUAGUAUGGUGGUUGUCAGUUAAUUGAAUUGUAGCAAGGGAUCAAAUGGAGGAAAAUACUGCUGGAGAUAUUGUUACUUGUCCUUAUGAUAAUGCACACCGUGUCCUAAGGAAGCGUUUGCAAUUACAUCUAAUUAAAUGCCGUUUGAAUUAUCCACAUGUGGAAUUACAAAAGUGUCCAUUGAAUCAAUUACAUUUGGUGCCAGAGCAGGAUUUCGAGCGGCAUUUAGUAAAUUGUCCUGAUCGUAAAAUAAUUGCACAUUAUAAAUACGUUGAUGAGAUGACAUUUCUGAAGCAUGACCCAAUUGAAAGUGAGGAAAAUUGGGAUGACACUGAUUCUGGAAAUUAUAAUCCCGAAACAUACGCUCUUAGCAAUCAAAUAAUACGAAAACCUGUCGGUCCACCAUCAAAACGUAAAGCAUUUAAACACAAAGAGGAAGAACGUUGGCAACAGUUUGAUUAAGUGAUAAAUUAAGCGCUUAUUCAAACAUAUAUGCAUGCCAUUCUGCAAACAUGUACAUACAUACAUAUGUACAUAUAUAUUUAUUCUUGGAAUACUUGGUCAUAUUUAAAUACUUAUAUAAAUACAUAUAUUUUAUAAGAGAAA